ACCAUGAAUUAACACGGGUUAAUGUUUCAUUUUAUGCUUUAACGGUCACCCAAACCACCCAAGAGUUUGAAAUCGUUCACCUACUUUUUCAAAUUUGGCGCGUCUGGAUGUUUUGAAGUUUGUUCGUUCGGUCGCUAAAGCACAAAAUUUGCAACAAUAAAAUUUGACACAUUUUUGGAAAUGUGGCAACGCUACUAUCCCGCAAAUCGUGCGAUUUUUAUCUGAAAAUAAAACAGUCGGGGUAAAAUCGGGUAAAAAGUGUUAAAUAAUCCCGAAUUGCAGUCAUUUUGUGAAAAAGUGGGGACGGAGCGGACAAAAGCUGCAUUCUGCAGUGUGAUUCCCGAAUGUCAGAAUUGUUUUGUUGAAUGGUUAGGUGCUAUUUUCUGGUUAGUUAGGUGAAGAAGCCCACAUUCCACCUGCAAUUCCUGCCUAUCGUUAUCAAGUGUUGCUGUGACCAGUGGAGGUGCUGUCAAUGGGCAUUUUGGCCCGUUUGCCCCCCAGAAGGACCCAUUGGUGGUAACGAGUGCUCGGCCGGAUGGAAGUGUUGCCCUUUUAGUGCGAUAGGCUCUGCUAUGGUCUUGGAUGCGUUGGCUAACUGUGCUUUGUAACAUCAAUGGUUUCUGGAGAUGGUGUGUAAAGAGGAUGUUUUAUCAUGGUUUAAGGACUUGGAGGGUUACAAGAGAAUAGACGUACUUUACGAACUGUUGAAUAUGUGCGUCCCUUUUGAACUCCGUUUCUUGGGAAGUUGCAUCGAGGAACUGGGCAAACACACGUACCAGGAACUACGCGGACCAGCCAUAAAUGCCAACGAUCUAGAUAGACUGUCCAAGGAUACCUCAUUCACGCAAAGUCUCCUCGACGAAAACGUCAGGCAUAAAGUGUUAAUUUACUUGUCUUUGCUCUCAUCAAGGAACUAUAGUGUUGCUAAUUGGCUGUACAGGAAUGUUCUAAGGACAGACUGGCUCGAGGAUUGUAUAGUGAAGGGGAAUCUUAAGGAUGAAAUUGUUCAGAGUGAAUUUUUGUUGUUGUUUAUUAUGGCUUUGCACCAUCCUGCUUUUACUUUCGAACAAAAGUUACAUUUUAACCAAAUACUCAGUCUACUUGUAGAACUUAGGGAAAGUAAAAAGAGGAUUUCGCCUAAACCUAGCAGUUAUGGAUAUCCGCCCGGAUUUGGAUACCCCACAGCAAAAAUGAGUUUUCAAGAAGUUCCUGUAAAAACUUCAAUAACAAUCCCGUGCGGUGAGGACACCCUUCACCAACAAUCUCCGGGUCUUCCACACGUUCCAUCACAUCAACCGCAUCAGGAUUUCGUCACGUGGAACAUUCCGGGCUUUGCGUGUGGAGCUCCGGAUUUGGGAAAGGUACCGCCGCCGUUCCCGAUGCCUCCUACUGUAUCACCCCUAGUCAGCGAAUCAACGUCACCUAACCACAGUCGUAGUACCUCACCGCAUCGAACAAUAAUCACGUUACGAUCGACACCGAUGCCGCCCCCACAAACAAACCGCCCGAUUGAUACCAUACCAACGCAGUUACCCAUCGAUCCGCUCUCUUCAAAUAAUUUUCCUUUUCUUCAUCCGGCGGAGAAUGUUAAAAUGCCCGACGAAGACUUGAACUCGAUACCGGAGGACAAGCUAUUGUUGGAGGGUUCUUGGGUGACAGUUCCUAUGAAAGAAGUGAAACAGCCAAAUGGUAUUCGUUUGGGCGUUUCGUGUCCUACAAAAAACAGCCAUCACCAAUUGGUCGACCAGUUUCAGGCACUGAAUAUGAACGACGUCGUCGAAAACUCGCUCCACCGUUCGAACUCAUCCAGUAGCAGCAGCUUAAACCAAACCCCUCCAGAAACGCCGGCCGCGACACCCCAUCCGACGCAAAAGCCCCGCGUGAAUGGAAUGCCGUUCAUCCCACCGGCGCCGGGCCUCCCGAUGUGCGACACGACGUCGCCCCCGCCGCCGCCGACACCCACUUUCAACAAUUGCUCCGUGCCUUAUACCACUUAUCAGUUUACCGCCAUCCCUACCAGGUCAAUGUUCCCAUAUAGCCAGUCCUACAGACCACCAUUUACACCUUUUCCAUCCUAUCAGACAAACGAAAAUUCCUUUCCGACUUACUCACUUCCUUCCUACAUGCCCCUUAUAUUUUCCAGUCCGUUCCAGCCUAGGAAUCCCAAUUGUUAUAAUUGCGGCGCGAUGGGGCACUCCGGACAAGACUGCACCGGACAAAACAUUGAAGACAUUACACAGAAAAAGACAUAUACGAUAGAGUUUUCAGCGCCACCGCUUCCCGAUGCUGAUAAAUAGGUAGUGGUUUCAAAGUUUUAUCACAAGUGAUUUGGACAGUUACCGUACUGCUAUUGAGACAGUGAUUUUGUAAUAUAGGAGGAAAGAUGUGUUAUAUGUAAAACUUUUAAUGCUUUGAUGUUUUGUUACUAAAUUAUGGCCUGGCGUCAUAGCACUGAUAUCGUUCUUAGCUGUGGUCUGAACUUUACGAUAGGUGGUAUGUGCGUUUUUUAAAUACUGUUACUUCUUUUUAUCACUUUAUUAUACAGAAUCUCGAAAGUUUUACGUCCGCUUUUCUGUGUCUGCAAAUUUUUUUAGUACAAUUUUUAUUAGCGAAUUUUCUUUUGUAAAAUGUACUUACUUCAUAUGGUGAAGUUCCAUUUUAGACGUUUUAAUUGUAUUUAAGCAAUUGCCACAAUAUUUAUAAGGAAGUGAGAUUAUUUAUUAAUUUUGUUAUAUUUUGUUUUCAAUACUCUCUUUUUAAAUAUCAAUCAUUGUCCUAAAUAUAUUCAGUAUAUUUCUGUCAUCAUGGUUUUACUGUACAUAGUGACUAGUUAUUACAUAGUUAAUAUUAAAUAUUGAUAUAUUUAUAAUACAAUCAGCAUUUGACUGAAAGUUUAUUUGAAAGUAAAGAAUAAAGAUUUUCUA